GAUGGAAUCACAGCGGCAGCGGCGGCUGCGGCGCGCGCGAGCCGAGUGUGAGCGGAAAAGGGGGCCCGGCGCCUGUCCCCCCGGGGGGGGCUGAAGACAGAUCAGCUGCAUGAUGGAGGGGCUGCUGCAUUACAUCAACCCAGCACACUCCAUCUCUCUGCUCAGCGCCCUCAAUGAGGAGCGCCUCAAAGGACAGCUGUGCGAUGUGCUCCUCAUUGUCGGCGACCAGAAGUUCCGAGCUCAUAAGAAUGUCUUGGCUGCCAGCAGCGAGUACUUUCAGAGUUUAUUCACAAAUAAGGAGAAUGAGUCGCAAACUGUCUUUCAACUGGACUUUUGUGAGCCAGAUGCGUUCGAUAAUGUUUUGAACUACAUUUACUCUUCCUCCCUGUUUGUGGAGAAGGGCAGCCUCGCCGCAGUGCAGGAGCUGGGCUAUAGCCUCGGCAUUUCCUUUCUGACGAACAUCGUCGCCAAAGCCCCACAAGCCCCCUUUCCAACGUGUCCCAACAGGAAAAGAGUGCCUGUAGAAGACGACGAGACCAGCUCUCAAAAGCGAAGUGUCAUCGUGUGUCAGAGUAGGAACGAAGCACUAGGGAAAGCCAUCAGUCCAAGUACGCCUGACCUCAGCCAUGCUGCCAGGCCCCUUCCGAGCAUCGCAGCCAAGACCAGCACCAGCAAGCCUCACGUGGCCAAGCCGCCAGAGCCGCUGCACAGUCUGUCCUUGACAGAAAAGGGCUGGCCCAAAGAUAGUGCUGCGGUGUAUGCAAAGUCUCUGUCUCAUUCUGGGUCUUUGGAUGAUCCUAACAGGAGCAGUGUAGUGAACAGAAAUGCGGCAGUGCCCUCAAAGACUCCAGACAGAGAGCCCAUGGACGAUAAGCCGGGGGUGAGUGGUCAGCUUCCGAAGGGAAAGGCAAUAGAGCUGGCCCUGAAGAGACCACGGCCGCCUGUUCUGUCCCUUCGCAGCUCAUCAGAGACGCCCUAUCUUUUAAAAGAAACUAGCAAAGGAAGUGGUCCAGGGGAGGAUAGGAACCUGCUGUACUACUCCAAGCUGGGCUUAGUGAUCCCGUCCAGUGGGCCUGCUUCUGCAAACCAGACCAUUGACAGGAGCGGCCCACUGGUGAAGAGCCUGCUGAGGCGGUCACUGUCUAUGGACAGCCAGGUUCCUGUCUACUCACCCUCUAUAGAUUUGAAAUCAUCCCAGGGAUCAUCCACACUGGUGAGUGAUGCAUCAGGGAGUGUGUUUAGUGCUUUAUCUCAGAAGUCAUCUGUGAAAGAUGGCAGUGAAAAGACAGCUCUAGAGGACAAGCCUCAAGUGCUGCCGCAUCGCCUCAGGUCCCUCAGCGCCUCUCAGUCCACAGAUAGGGAGGGGUCCUCCCAAACCCCUGUGGCUGAGGUGCGCAUUAAGACUGAGCCCAGCAGCCCACUGUCAGACCCCUCGGACAUCAUCCGGGUCACCGUGGGAGAUGCAGCAGCCAGAGACCUGCCUCUGAAAAUUGAGGAGGACCAGAAGGACAUGAGCAGGCUGCCAGCAAAGAGAAGGUUCCAGGCAGACAGAAGGUCACCCUUCAAGAAGGCCAGGACAGAUGAGCAUGGUCUUCCUGUCUCGGAGGAUGCUGGUGAGGAUGGCCUGAGUCCUCCUCCCCUGGACAGCAAUUUCCCAGAUUCUGACUUAAACAAAGAGGAAUUUGGUGAGUUGGAAGGGCCGAGACCAAACAAAAAAUUUAAAUGCAAACAUUGCCUUAAGAUCUUUAGAUCCACAGCGGGUCUUCACCGCCACGCUAACAUGUACCAUAACCCAGAGAAGCCCUAUGCUUGUGACAUCUGUCACAAGAGGUUUCAUACCAACUUCAAAGUGUGGACACACUGUCAGACCCAACAUGGCAUAGUGAAGAACCCAUCGCCAGCCUCUAGUUCCCAUGCAGUUUUGGAUGAGAAAUUCCAAAGAAAGCUGAUUGACAUAGUGAGAGAGAGGGAGAUUAAGAAGGCCCUGAUCAUUAAGCUGAGGCGCGGCAAGCCUGGCUUCCAGGGGCAGAGUAGCUCCCCAGCACAGCAAGUCAUCAAGAGGAACUUGCGCUCCCGAGUCAAAGGGGCCUACAUUUGUACUUACUGUGGAAAGGCAUACCGCUUUCUCUCUCAGUUUAAGCAGCAUAUAAAAAUGCACCCGGGAGAAAGAGCCCUCGGAGUAAAUAAAGUCGCUAAGCCAAAAGAGCGGGCUCUGGCAAGCGAGGUAGAGAGCAAGGAGGUUUACCCGUGCCGCCUCUGUAAUGCUAAGCUCUCUUCUCUCCUAGAGCAGGGCAACCACGAGCGCUUGUGCCGGAACGCCACCGUCUGUCCUUACUGCAGCCUCAGGUUCUUCUCACCCGCGCUGAAGCAGGAGCACGAGCACAGGUGUGAGUACAAGAAGCUGACCUGCCUGGAGUGCAUGCGCACCUUCAAGUCCUCCUUCAGCAUCUGGCGGCACCAGGUGGAGGUGCACAACCAGAACAGCAUGGCUCCUGCCGAGAACGUCUCCUUGCCUGCCCUGGACCACAAUGGCGAAGUCGCUGCCCCCAGGUCCCAGCCCCAGCCUGAGCCUGGCAAGGUAAACCACGUGGCUGCCCCCAAAGAGGACAGUGUGUUCAGUGACUCUUCAGAGCAAGUGAACUUCGAUUCUGAGGACUCCUCCUGCCUCCCUGAGGACCUGAGUCUUUCUAAGCAGCUGAAAAUCCAUGUCAAAGAGGAGCCCGUGGAGGAGGCCGAGGAGGAGGCGCCUGAGGCCAGCACGGCGCCCCGGGAGAGCGGGCCCAGCAAGGAGAGCGGCCUGUGGCCUUGCGAGAAGUGCGGGAAGAUGUUCACUGCGCACAAGCAGCUGGAGCGGCACCAGGAGCUGCUGUGCUCUGUGAAGCCCUUCAUCUGCCACGUGUGCCACAAAGCUUUCCGCACCAACUUCCGCCUGUGGAGUCACUUCCAGUCGCACAUGUCUCAGGCCUCUGAGGAGCCGGCUCAUAAAGAGACAGAAGUGUGCCCUGUGCCCACCAACUCCCCUUCGCCACCACCUCUGCCGCCACCACCACCCUUGCCCAAGAUCCAGCCUUUGGAGCCGGACAGCCCUACGCGUCUGCCUGAGACACCAGCCCCAGCCACCACGGACAAGCUGUUUGCACCCCAGGAGUCAGAUACUCUGUUCUACCAUGCCCCACCCCUUUCAGCAAUCACGUUUAAAAGACAGUUCAUGUGCAAACUCUGCCAUCGGACAUUCAAGACCGCCUUCAGUCUGUGGAGUCACGAACAGACGCAUAACUAACUAAUUGACCCGCAUCUUACUGCCAUAGCAGCAGCAGGCCCCAACUUGUGAACUGUGUCCUAAGACACAGAACUAAAAAAAAAAUGAACAAUAAAGGUUGGAAAUUGUUCUGCUUAAAUUUAAGUUUGAGAUAAACUUCUUAGAAACAUCCUCACUCACCUUCAGAAACAGACUGGGACUGACACGGUCUGGACUCAGUAUCGGGGUUACCUCAGUGAGUGCAUGGCUCCUCAGCCCUAGGUGUCAGCAUAAUCACUCAAUUGAGGGUUUUGGUUUUUUUUAACUGGUUUCUAUUUAGUGGGAUGCUAUUGAAGUGUUCCUUUGAUUACUUCAGACACCUAAGUUCUAGCUAAGUCUCAGCCAUGUUCUUAAGGCCAAAAAUGUACCAGGAAGAAGUUGAGUAGUUAUCAGUAUUGAUUUAGGUCUUAGAAUUACCUUAGCAAUAAAAAAGAUAAACCUCAACUUUAAUAAAUUAUCCUGACACUUGAUAAAGACAAAUAUUUGAUAUUUUGUGGUCAUGUAAAACUUUCUUUUGUAUGAAAAUUGUGAGAAUUUAAAUGAGCAAUAGUCACACCUACGUUUUUAUAAAAUAAUGAAAAUAAGCUCUCGGUCAUAUUGUAGAAUCAGUGAAGGUCAUGUGCUAAGGAAGGCAGAGGUACGAAAACGGUGUGCAGGAGCGCCACAGCCAGUUUGCGAGAGCUUCAGCAGUGGUCGGCCUCGUGGCACCUCUGUGCUGUGGCCCUGCAUCACAAGCUGACUUCAGACUACCAUUUGAGACCCACAAAUGCUUGAUUUUCUCCAACUUCUGUCCCAGCUUAAAGAUCUGAGUGUAACUGGGACAAGAAACAGUGCUAGCACGUUUUCUUUGAAUUCCAUAUCAAUGUAGAUGCAGCGGGCACAUGUGUUUAGGCAGCUCGAGCACACCACAUUCUAGGCCACCGUUCCUUCUGGGGACUUGAGGGUCAGGGGAGGAGGCUUCCCCUGGGGCCUGCGUGUGCAUUCCCAGUACACCGUGUACGUGCAUCCUGCCUCUCUCUUGGAGGCUCCCAUUGAAUGUGCGGAGCUUACAGCAUGGAUGUCAGUGGCAGAGUGGCUGCGGCUUGGGUGGGUAUGAAAGCACCGUGGAGGACCCGCCGCAUACUUGGCCCAUGGAGUGGGGCUCCUCGUUUUUGUUCUGUGGGAGAUGUAGCUGAAGACCUUUCAGUGCGUGUUCCCUGGUAUCCAGUGCAGUGUUGCAAAAGGUCGCACUUUGACUUUGCAAGUGAGGGGGGACUUCUCAGAACUGCCACGCCUUCCCGAGGUGGUGAUGCAGAUGGAGCUGGUACAUUUUCUGCAAGCUGUUGCACCACAUCUUAAAUCAACCCCUGUGAUCGAGAAGUCACUAGAUGUGUGCUCCAGCAGUAAGCCUUCCGCCCAGCAUUCACAUUGCCUCCGCUCCACGCCAGUGGCAGGACUGAAACAUUUUUAUAAAAUACUAAUUGACUUUGUAUAUUACCUAAAUUUUGUAUGAAAUUUUUCCUCACUUGAGAAAGGUGUCAAAAAAGUUCCAAAACAACUUCCACAUUGACUCUGUAAAUUGGAUGAAAGGAAAACAAAAUUGGCUUGUAGUCACAGAUUCUUUCCAUCUUCUUGAGCUAUGCAUUUUCAAGAUGAGAGGAGCAUCAGGACACGUGGCUGUACAAAGUGGUGGUCAGUGUGCACUGAGCUCAACCCCGGACAGUGCUGCUUUCCUCCUCAGAGCACUUGGAGCUGUCUUCACCUGUUUGAAGACAGUCUCCCUCCAUGUCUGCUCCUGUGUGACCUGUAACUCCACGUGUGUGAUCUUGGCAUUCAAGUUCAGUAUCCCGAGGACUUGAACCUUCAUGCUACAUUUUUGACGAUUUAUAAAGUAAUACUGUUAAUCAGUUUAAAAAUAUUUUUGAUUGGAAUAUAGGCUCUACAUAUCUGUUAAAUUUUAAAAUUCACCAGUGUUUGGUCUUGUUCGCCUUUUUUUGUCUAGGCAAGAAAUAAGGUUUCAAGUAAAAUUUUGAACCAAAAACAUUUAUAAUGCAGUUCUGGUUUUCUAUUGCUUUUUAUACUGUAUCUUAAAAGCAUCAGGCUGGAAGAGUUUAUUUUGGUGGUCAAAAAUAUGCUUCCACUCAUGUAACUAUUUUAGAUGUUAAGAAGUAAAAUAAUGAAAGACACAUUAAUUGAUUUAUUCAGCAAAUGGUUUUUUAAAGAAUGUUUAUCUCAGCCACUAGGCAAAUAUUUGGUGUUAAAUAAUUUGGUCUCUCACUGUUGCAAAUCUUUAGAUAGUAAAGAUAUUCUUGUAAAUGGUUUUCUGAUUGUAAUUAAUUUUUGCAAGUGUAGAAAGCUCAUUAUUUCUUGUAAGUAUUCAGGAUGCCUGCUUUUUAUACAGUUGUGAGAAGAAUGUAAAAUGUUUUAAUAUAUUUGCUAAUCUGAAAAUUGUUAUUGAAUCAUUUCUUUAUGUGGGAGAAGAGGGAGUAACAUAAAACUUGUUUUUAUCAUUCAAAGUAAGCAAUGGAGGUAACAAAUACGCAUUUUAAUCAUAAGAUUUCAAGAUGACUGCUCACCUUUAAAACGAGUUCACAUACAUGUACGGACUGUACUGCUAACAGGAACCGUGUUGCUUGCAUUCGCGGGAAGGUGUGCUUUUCUGUUUUGGAACAUUUCCUGUGUAGCCUUCUCUCUGAACAGAUUUCCACGGUUCUUGCUUGCCUGUCUCUGAAAUCUGUGCGUAGGUCCUGCUGGUGCUAAUGAGGGUAGCCCUGAGGAAGUAUGCCUCUCCCCCAGGCUGGCUGGACUGUUAGGGCUGGGCUUCUGUGUGCAUGCACACACGUGUUCAACCAUACUUGGGAACUUAGUGAAAUAUUUCCGUUUUCUCUGCACAAAAAUAGUAUUUCUUUAUAGAUUUCAUCCAGUUAACCAUUGGAAUAUUACAAGUCAGUUUGUUGAUUUCUGAUGGAUGGUUGAUGUUUUCGCAGUAAUUGUGAACUGCAUUAUUGACUUUAUGCCAAUACACGUUCUUUUAGUCAGUGUUCUUUAACACUGACAGAUUAAACUUCAUGAAGUUUUUUUAUUUUGUUUUGUUUUUUUGUUUUUUUUCUGGUAGGGUCUCACUCUAGCCCAGGCUGACCUGGAAUUCACUAUGUCGUCUCAGGCUGGCCUCGAACUCACCGCAAUCCUCCUACCUCUGCCUCCCAAGUGCUGGGAUUAAAGGUGUGUGCCACCACGCCCCGCGAGCUUUUUGAAGUUUUAAAAUGUGUUUUCAGCCGAGUGUGGUGGUUCAUGCCUGAGAUCUCAGGUAGCCUGGAGACUGAGACAAGAGGAUCAUGAGCUCAGGAUUUUGAGAUCAGCCUGGGCAACAUAGGGAGAGACUGUCUCCAAAGAAAUAAAGGAGUGAAGACGACAAGGUUUCCUCUUGUGGCUGCAGCACUGUGAAGUCUGUGCACGUUUUAGUUGGUAAUGGACUCCUGGUGCGCCGAGUGAGCGCUCGGCUGGGAGGAGCCCGCUGUGGAGUAACCAAAGGAGAGGAGGAAGUUCAUGUCAGAUGAUUUAAAAAUUCCUUAUAGAGACAGGCUUUGGGGAACCAAAGUAUUUUCUGUAAAUCUUCAAAAUAAUUGAAUUCAGCACUCUUUAGUCAUUUGUUAGUACUGUCUGAAUGGCAAAUACUAAUUCUAAGAAGGUGAUAAUUUGUUACUGGCUUUAACUCAAGACUGUCUCACGUCUUUCCAUUGAAUGUUGUCUAACAGAAAACAAAUGUGUGGUUUUACAAUUGUGUACAAGUUUAUCAUCAUACCUUCACAGAAUAGGUCAUUCAAGCUUUUUUAGAAAUGACCUUUUUUGGACUGAAAAAUUCAUCAUAAAAGAUAUCUCAUGUUAACCCAUUGCUUACUUAAUAUCCAAUUCUACUGUCUGUUUACUUUGUUUAAAUCUUGACCAAGAAUGAGUGGACUCAAUAAAUUUGUACUGUAUUUUGCUCUGA